AUGGACCAGGUUUGUAAAGCAAUGGAUUGUGGUGGCACACAAGUUUCACGUACCAUCGUAGUCGAUCAAUCUGGCAAAUCAGAUUUUCAUACCAUUCAAGCUGCCAUUGAUUCAAUAAAGACAAGCAACAAUAAAUGGGUGAAAAUUCACAUAAAGGCUGGCACAUAUACAGAGCAGAUUCAAAUUCCAUAUAACAUGCCGUGCAUCUUUUUGGAAGGCCAAGGAAAAGAAGUCACCACUGUUACAUACAAUGACCACCAAAAAACAGAUAUUAGUGCCACGUUCUCUUCAUUUCCAGACAAUGUUGUUGCAUCGGGCAUUACUUUUAAGAACUCGUUUGAUACUGCGGCAAUAUUAAGUUAUGAUGGGAAACGAAUCCCAGCAUUGGCUGCAAGGAUAUAUGGAGACAAAUCUGCAUUUUACAAUUGUAGUUUCAUCGGUUUUCAAGAUACAUUGUGGGAUGUGGAAGGUCGUCACUACUACAAAAAUUGUCUCAUUGAAGGUGCUGUCGACUUCAUAUGGGGCAGUGGACAAUCUUAUUUUGUGGAUUGUGUGCUCAAUGUGACUUCUUCGGGUUCCAUAACAGCACAAGGACGCAGUUCAAAUAGCGACCCAAGUGGUUUUGUGUUCCAACGAGGUUCUGUGGUUGGUAGCGGGAGCGCGAUAUUAGGGAGAGCCUAUGAUCGUUGUUCUAGAGUUAUAUUUUAUGACACAAACUUGGGAUCUGUGGUUGACCCUCAAGGAUGGAAUGCUUGGCAUUAUACAAAACAUGAGGAUUGCAUUUACUACGCUGAGGUUGGAUGUACGGGUGUAGGUGCUAAUACUUCCAAACGCGUUCCUUGGAGAAAGAAAUUGACAAUCUCAGAAUUCAGACAACAAUUUUCGACGUCAGUGUUCAUCGACCACGAAGGCUGGCUCUCAAAAAUACCAUUGAACUGA